AUGCGCAAAUAUUCUUCUACACACAACACUGAUUCUAGUAAUUUCAAUAAUAACAACAACAAUAAGGAUAGUGACAGUAUUCAAAAUGAUGACCACAACAAUAACAACAAUAAUUUUUCAAAUAAAACUAAUAAUCAUAACAGAAGCAUUAACAGUAAUUCAAAUAAUAGCAACAACAAUAAGAAUAAUGAUGAUAUCUGCUAUGAUAGUAUGACUCAAACUAGCAUUAAAGUGCUAAUCGAUCAAGAAGGCUUACCCACGGAUCCAAAAGAACUAUGUAAAAUAUACUAUAAAUAUCAUGAAACAAGAUUACCUCCAGAAAGUACGAAUGAUACCAUAAUGACGACAUACAAUAAUAUUAAUCAAAUAGGUAAUUUAAAUAUUUUAUACCUAAACAUAUGCAGCAUUAGACAUAAGAUUUUGGAGCUUGAAGCGUUAGUACAGAGUUAUGAAAAUGUGGAUAUUGUCAUUCUUACGGAAGUAUGGAUUUUUGAAAAUGAAGUUGACGUCUACAAUAUACAAAACUUUAAAUCUCUUUAUAACUGCAGAAAUGAAAAGAGAGGUGGUGGUACAGCAAUUUUUGUGAGUAACAAAUUAAACUACAAUGAAAUUGAAAAAAAUGAAAUGUAUAAUUUUACUGUAAUUGAAAUCAUAAACACACAGCCUAAAGUUAAAAUUGGUACCUUUUACAAAGCACCUUGUGAAAAUAAUGCACUAUUUAUUGAGUACUUAGAAACAAGAAUAGAUCAGCUAUCACAAUGUAUCUUCUUUGCUGAUGUAAAUGUAAAUAUUUUGGACAAAACAAACACAGUAACCAAAUAUAUAGACAUGGUAAAUAUCUCUGGUUAUAAAUUCAUAAACAAAACACACAGCACAAGGCAAACCGCGUCUACUAGCACAUUAAUUGAUCAUAUUGUAUCAAAUAUAGAUGAUCAGCACAAAAUUACCUAUAAAAUCGAAGAUAACGAUAUAUCUGAUCAUAAAACUACUUUCGUAAGCGUAGAAUUAAUAAAACAUGAAUUAAAACCUUUCCCAAACCUCGCACGUAGUAGAAUAGAUUAUGUUAAAAUGUAUGAAGAUGUCAGCAAUGAGUUAGCAGAGAGAAGUAUUACAGAAGUUGAAGAUUUAAUUCAUGUCAUACAAAAGCCAAAAGAAAAUAGUACUACAACAUACACAAUAAGGUCAAGAAGUAAUACAUGGAUUACACCUAGUAUUAUCAAUGAUGAAAAAGACGACGGCAUCUGCAAUUUACUUAAACCGAACGGUGAUGUUACAACAACGGAUUUCGAAACUGCUAAUUUCUUAAACAAAUACUUUAAUGAAAUUGGAGAAAAGAUUAUAAAUGAAAAUAGUUCUAACAUCGUGCAAAAUACACUAAGAAAUGUAACAAAUCAAAAAUCAGUAUUCUUGAUACCAGUUACAGAAAAUGAAAUUGUCGAGAUUGCUCUGAAUCUUAAUAAGAAUGCUGCUCCAGGGGAGGAUGGAAUGACAGUUAACGAUAUUCAGCAACUAAUACAUGUUAUAAAGAAGCCCUUAUGUAAUAUGGCACUAAUUGUACCGAUUCACAAAGGUGGAACAAAAACAGACUGCGGUAAUUACAGGCCAAUAUCACUUCUUAAUUCAGUUAGUAAAAUAUAUGAGAAAGCUAUAAAUAAACGAAUUCGAAGUUUUGUGGAAUCUACAAUUGGCUUUGACACAAAUCAAUAUGGUUUCAUUGAAGAAAGUGGUAUUGAUUCUGCUGUAUCGGUAACAUUAGAUCAUAUUUAUGAUGCUCUGGACGAAGGGUGCUAUGUUGCAGGAGUAUUUAUUGAUCUAAGCAAAGCGUUCGAUGUAGUAAAUCACAUCAAGCUACUAGAUUUUCUUGAAGAUUUGGGUAUACGAGGCACAGCAAAUAGCUUAUUUAGGAGAUACUUAUCAAAUAGUUCAUUGUGUACGAAUAAACAACACGGAAACUCAAGGUUGUAUAUUAGGGAAAGAUUUCUUAAAAAUUAUAUAUGUAAUAUUGACUAUGAUGAAAUGAGUUUAACUAUUAAAACAGAUUUUUAUAUUUUCACAAUUCCAAUUUAUGGUGGACCUAGUAGUGAUGCAUUAGCUAUAUCAGCUCCAUUUGAAGUAUUCAGGAAAUCCAUAUUGCCUUCUAACGAAAAAUGUAAAAUUUUAGAUCAAGAAAUAUCUGAAUUAAGAAUAACUGAUAAUAAUCCGGUAUACAUAAAAAAUUUUAGAUUAACUUUUACACAAAAGGUGGAAAUCAAUAAACAAACAGAAAAUUUAGUAAAAAACGAAUUAAUUAAGACAAGUCAAUCAAAUUUUAAUAGUCAAAUUACAUUAGUACCCAAAAAAGGAAAUUUAAAGAAAUGGUGUCUUUGUAUGGACUAUAGGCAAGUUAAUAAAGAUAUCCCACUAGAUGAAGAAUCUAAAGAUAUUACAUCAUUUAGCACAAAUUCACGGUCAAGUAGUUGGAUUCAUUCUCAAGAGUGA